ACUGAAAAGGCCCGACAAAGGUCCACUCUAUUUCGCUCUCUCUCUCUCUCUCUCUCUCUCUCUCUCUCCAACAUUUGGUUGGAUCAAACGCAAUAUUCAAACCCUCCCUCACUCUGCGCUCUAGGUAAUUCACUGAAAUCGAAUCGUCUCUGACCGCGAUCGGCUCUGUCGGAGAGAAAAUAAGCUCUCACACGGAAGCGAGGAGUAAAUGUAAAAGCAAAAUGGCAUCUAAGGGCAAACCAAUCACGGAUAAUGACAUUGUAAUUGAUAGCGAUGUAGAAAUCAUCGCAGUUGAUAAUGGUGAUAGCUCUCACAUUACACAUCAGAAUGACAGUGAUUUGGAAUUAAAAGUUGGAAUAUCGGUUCCUAGUGAAGAAGAAGCGUAUAAUCUGUAUAAUAGUUACGCCAUAAACAAAGGGUUUAGCGUCCGAAAAGGUAAAGUACGACGUCGUGAAGGCACAACUGAUGUGCGGCAACGUGUCUUUUUGUGUUCAUGUGAGGGAUUUAGUGAAGAUGCUCACCUUUUUCCAGAUAAAAAGGUUGAGAGGAUGUUGGCUAGAACUGGUUGCAAUGCCCGUGCUAUAUUUAAUGUGGAAGAUGGUAAGUGGAAAUUAGUCCAGUUCAUCUCUGAACAUAACCAUCCAUUUGUAAAGCCGGAACAAAGGCACUUGUUAAGGUCAGGCCGAAAGAUGUUAGAUCCUUGCACGGGUUUCUUUAGUUCUAUACCCAAAAACAGCAUAACAGUGACCAAGACACACUCCUACUUGUCCAGAGAAGGCAAUGGAGUUCAAAAUGUUAUGUCAAUAGAACGGGAUCAUCACAAUUGUUUACAAUCCCAAAGGUCAAAAGCAAUGGAUGUUCAAAGUCUCAUAAAUUAUUUUAUGCGGAAGCAAUCUGAAGAUCCGAUGUUCUUUUACACAAUGAAAGUGGAUGAUCAAAAUCGAAUAGCUAAUUUUUUUUGGAGAGAUGGUUUGUCCAAAUUGGAUUAUCAUUGUUUUGGAGAUGUGGUCAUAUUUGAUAGCACCUAUCGCACAAACAAGUACAACAUGAUCUGUGUUCCAUUUGUAGGAGUAAAUCAUCAUUGGAAAAAUGUACUUCUUGGUUGUGCUUUUUUAUCAGAUGAGACCAUAUCUUCUUUUGUUUGGUUGUUUGAAGCAUUUUUGGAGGUGAUGGGGAAUAAGGCACCAAAAACCAUUUUCACCAAUCAAGAUAAUGCAUUGUCAAUUGCUAUACAAAAGGUAUUUCCCAGUACACGACAUCGCCUAUGUACUUGGCAUAUUUCAAAAAAUGCAGUUCAAAAUGUUUCCACUUUCUUUACCUAUUUAGGGUUUAAGGAGAAAUUUGCAAAGCUCUUGAAUGAUUGUGAAACAGAUACAGAAUUUGAGUCUACAUGGAAUAGUAUGAAUGAAGAAUGGAGCAUUUUGGGAAAUGAAUGGCUUAGGAAAUUAUAUGACCUCCGUGAGAAGUGGUGCCCAGCCUUCAACCAUGAUACUUUCUCUGCUAACAUUACAUCAACCCAAAGAAGUGAAAGUGAAAAUAAUAUUUUUGAACAUGUGGCUUGUAACACCAUGACUCUCACUGAAUUUGUGCAGUAUUACGAGGAAAGUGCAAGCCGAAUGCGUGAAGUUGAAGUUAAUGAUGAUUUUUUAUGUGCCAAAGGUAAACCUCAAAUUCUAGUACCCAACAAUGGCAUUUUAAUGCAUGCAUCCGAAGUGUACACGGACGCUAUUUUCAAAAUGUUUCAAGAUGAGUUCUUGAAAGGGGUGAAUGAAGAUGUUGUUCAUGUUGAAACCAAAGGGCCUCUUGUUGUCUACACUUUAAGAGGUAUCAGUUGUCCUAGAGAGCGCAUUGUACACUUCCAUAAAGCUGAUCUCAGUUUAAAUUGCAGCUGUCAAAUGUUUGAGUCAUUGGGUUGGUUGUGUCGUCAUGCUUUAAGAGUGCUGAAUCUCAAUGCCGGUGUACAAAAGAUCCCAAGUCAAUAUGUAUUGAACAGGUGGACAAAAGGUGUAAAAGAGGGAAUUGUUAUUGAUGACUAUGGUGAGUCAUUUCAGAAUAUAACUGCAUCGUCAAAGACAGUACGGUUUAACAAGCUUAUGUGCAAAGCUUUUAAUGUCACAAGUAUAAGUGCAGAUAAUGAUGAAACAACUGCAAUUGCAGAUGCAUAUCUAGACUGUAUUGUAGAUGAAGUUAGGAAGUUAAAAGCAGAGAAUGUGAUGGGACAUUGUGAUCCCAAUGCAGAUGGUUGUGAUACUGAUAUACAUUGCUCAGUUGGUGAGAAGGUGGUGUUGGAUCCCCCACGAAUGAGUCCAAAAGGGGUAACACAUGAUAGGCCUGAGGGGUGCUCAGAGAAGAAGAAGAAGAAUAAAAGAGCAAUAGGGGAGGGAACUACUUCUCAGACGGCUGGUUAUAAUAAUGCAAUGACAGCAGGACUGAACCUUAAUCAGUUUCCCCCCUUCUAUGGCAUGCGGAGUUUGCCUGUAAAUAGUCAAUUUUUUGGGUAUCCUACCAUUCCUUUUGCAAACUUCCCUCAACCCAAACUUCCUAUACCAAAAUUAAGUCAGGGAUCACGUAAUAUUGUUAGACCAAAUCAAACCUCUCACACUUCCCCACACAUUACUCAGGACUCGACCAAGUGAAAAUUACAUGUUUGAGAUGCCAUUUUGCUGGUACCUUCUCAUUAUUACUUCUUUUUCCUCAUAAGUUUCUGCAGAAACUUGUCCUGAUUGUCCGGGUCCUUGAUGCUGGCUAUGUUGUUUAUAUCAUGGAUUUCUUCCUGCUUCAAAAAAAAUCCACAGCAAUGGAUCUUCCACUGGUUGUUUAUAGAAGUAUUAUAGAGAGUCUUGAGGCAUGUGGUGUGUGGAGGAGGACUUUGGUACAAGAAGCCAAGGCGCAUAAGGUUUGCUGAGAAGUACUUCCCAUAAUGAGUUUCGAGUUGCUGAGCCUUGGUAUUGUUGAGCCACUGGAGCAUGCUAUGGUGUGUAAAUCUUCGUUCUUUUUCACAACUACUAGUAGAUCUCUGAGAUAAUCAUACCCUCCCAUUUCUAGCCGAUAUGCAGUUCUCUGCUCUCGUAGUGAAUGAAUUUAUGCUCGUCCUCAUUUUUUGGUUUCGCUGUACAUGUGAUAGGAAGAAAAAGAGCAGAUAUUAUGUAGAGAUCAAAUGAAUUUAUGCUCAUCCUCAUUUCUUGACAUGCACUUCCGCUGUUGUAGUGAGUGAAUUUAUUCUCGUCUUCAUUUUUCGGUUCCGUCAUACAUGUGAUAGGAAGAAAAUAGCAGAUUUGUCACGAGGCUGUGAGCUCAGCAAGAGCACUCUCAUUGUAGCGUUUAUCCGAAGGAAAUCGUAACAACGAAUUUAUUGUAAGACCUAUGAUUGUGUGCCAACAGUAUGGAUGGCAUCAACAUCCCAAGUUAUUUGGGAGCUUCACAUUUCCUUCA